AUGUUCACAGAUUCGCCCAGAUCUACUCUGACUGUGACUCCAGACAAUACAGUAUUCACUGGAGAGAGAGUGACUCUGACAUGUGUGAUCGAGUCUAAUCACAGUGACUGGAGAUAUGAGUGGUGGAAAGGCAGCACUGAAGUGUCUCCGCGUCACACUGUAGACAAAAACACUCUCACUAUUGAACGAGCUGAAACAUCUUAUUCGGGUUGGUACACGUGUGAAGGAGAGAGAAGAGGAAGUUCAGACUCAUCACAAUCAAACUCUGUUUCUCUCUCAGUGAAGGAUUUACCCAGAUCUACUCUGACUGUGACUCCAGACACUGCUGUAUUCACUGGAGAGAGAGUGAUUCUGAAGUGUGUGAUUGAGUCUGAUCACAGAGACUGGAGAUAUGAGUGGUAUAAAGGCAGUGUAAAGUUACAGUCGUCUGAGCGUUAUACUGUAAACAGAAACACUCUCACUAUUGAAGGAUCUGAAUCAUCUGAUGAGGGUCGGUACACGUGUAGAGGACACAUAGAUGGAAGAUCAGUCUCAUCACAAUCAAGCUCUGUUUCUCUCUCUGUGACGGUUUAUAUGGGAAUUAGUUCAAAUGGAAAAGAGAGGUUUUGCCAGUAUGUGUCCAUUAAAGAUACAGUGAAGGGAUUACUCUCUCAGACCUCAGUUCAAGAGCAAUAUCUCCUGGCAAAAUCAGACACACCAACAACCCCAGACGUGCCGGAAGACCUGAGAGAUGAUUCCCGAAGAUCUUCACUGACUGUGACUCCAGACAGUCCUGUCUUCACUGGAGAGAGAGUGAGUCUGAAGUGUGUGAUUGAGUCUCACAGAGACUGGAGAUAUGAGUGGUAUAAAGACAGUGUAAAGUUACAGUCGUCUGAGCGUUAUACUGUAAACACAGACACUCUCACUAUCAGAGGAGCUACUGAGUCUGAUCAGGAUCAGUACACGUGUAAAGUAUGGAUAAAUGGAAGACCUUCAUCCUCACAGGAGAGUAACCGAAUUGAUCUCGCUGUUAAUGGUUUACCCAGAUCUACUCUGACUGUGACUCCAGACAAAACAGUAUUCACUGGAGAGAGAGUGACUCUGACGUGUGUGAUAACAUCUUAUUACAAUAACUGGAGAUAUGAGUGGUGGAAAGGAAACACAUACUACACUUCAAUAUCACAGCUGCCUGAGCGUUACACUGUAGACAGAAACACUCUCACUAUUGAACGAUCUGAAUCAUCUGAUGAGGGUCAGUACACGUGUAGAGGAUGGAGAGAUGAUAGACCAAACUCAUCACAAUCAAGCUCUGCUGUUUCUCUCUCUGUGACGGGUGAGUUUAAUAUCAUCAUCUUCCUAAACUCUCUCUACUACAUCAGAAUAAGAUUCAGUUGUGACUAG